GGUCCGGUAGUUGAGCAUCCCUCAUUUUGCUAGCUUUAGACGCCUGUGCUGUUAUCAUUAUGUUCGUGUCAUGUGUAUGUGUUUGACGUUUUUAAUGUAUCGUCGUGUGUUAACUUUCUGAAAUGGCUGCGCCACCAAAACCGUGGGAAAGUGCCGGUGCAAACUACAGGAUUGCCUCAAAUUUCCCGAAUCCACCAGGAUUCAGCAGGGCUCCAGUACCUUCUACAUCUAUACCAUCUAAUUUGCCUACAAGAAAUGUGCAGCAACAACCUCCACCUGUUCCAUCUCGCACAUAUAGGCAAUCAACUUAUGCACCAAUGACGUCAAGUACAUAUCCAUCCUAUGGUUCAUAUGGAGGAUACUCUGGAUUAUCCGGCUAUGGAAGCUAUGGAGGUUAUGGUGGUUAUGGUGGCUACUCGGGAUAUGGGGGUUACGGAGGUGGAUAUGGUUAUGGAGGAUAUGGUGUUGGUAUGAAUAGGUAUGGAGGAUACCUACAAAGACCAGAAUUGGAAAGCAGGUUCAUACGCGUGGCAGAAGAAAGUACACGGCCUGCUUUCCAGUCUAUAGAAUCUUUGGUCCAGGCAUUCAGUUCUGUAACUUUCAUGUUGGAAUCAACAUUUGGUGCAAUACACAAUUCAUUCAGGGCUGUACUUAGUGUUGCAGAAAAUAUGGGGAGGCUACGUUCUGUUUUUAGUCAACUAUUCUCAGCUUUCACAAUUUUUCGCACACUACAAUGGCUUUAUAAAAAAUGCCUCUAUUUAUUAGGUGUGCUGAAGUGUGAUCCUAGUCAAGAUGAUAUAUGGCUCCAAGCUGCAUCGAGGGCAGAAGAGCAACAGGAAGCAGCUGCUGGCCAGUCGCGAUUUUCUUGGCCUGUUCUUGUUCUCAUGGGCAUUAUGCUUAGUGGCCCUUAUUUGAUGUGGAAGCUGCUUAGUACACUGAAUGAAUCUGUUGGUUCAGGUUUUAGCCUUGCUGAAUGGAAGAAGAGUAAGCAGCCUGUAACACUUGCUGUUGCGGAAUAUGAUUUCAAGGCAGCAAACGAGGAGGAACUUUCUGUCUGUGCUGGUGACAGAGUUCUUGUAGCACCUAUGAACUUCCAGGCACCCAAUGCACAGCAGAGUGGGUGGGUUCUAGCUACUGUUGAUGGACAGAAGGCUGGAUUUGUACCACUCAACUAUUUGAGGAUAACUGGAAAAAUGCAUUAUAACCGUGCUGUGCCUGUCAAGGUGCCACCACAAAAACAGCAGAAUGCCAUGGCUGCUGAAUUUCCAGAGACACCUGAAACACCUGAAAUGGCAUGGCAGCCAGCCACUGAUAUCACAUCUGUUCACACUGAUGCAGCUUCAGUGCACACCUUGGUAAAUGAAGGCACCACUUCUUUGUCUAAUAGGACCGAAUUAGAAAUGCCAAUGCCACUACCACCCAAACAAAUCCAGGACGAACCACAACUGCUACAGCAGCAGCAGCAGCAGCAGCAGCAGGAUCAACAACAACAACAACAACAACAACAACAAAGUCCCAUUAAUCAUUCCUGAAUAAAUGUUGUCAUUGCAAUACGUAUUUGCAAAAAUGGACUAUAAAGUGUUGACAAAUGUCAGUGUGCUGCCAUCAAAGUGAGAUAGAUCUACUGAUCACUGAUCAUAAUGUGUCAUUAAAUAAUUGUAAAGAAUUUUAAUAUGUUGGGAACAACUCCAAUUCCAUGUUUUGUGAAACUGCCAUUCACAAACCUUGUGUUUUUUUUAUGUUGACUUUGGUUGUGUUUUGUUUUUCAUAUGUUUGUAAUGUACAGUAACUGAAAUAUAAACAGUUUUUAUGUACAUUUUGAACCAUCU